CCCUCAAAGCUACUUCCUGAAGACGUGCCUUUAAAUUUUAAAUGCCUUCAAAGCUGCAGCACUCAAAAUGGAGGUCCCCGUGGAUUAAACUUCACAGAUGCCAGUAAAACAUGGAGAGGCAAAGACGCAUUAACCCAAAAGGAGAUGCUAAAUAUCACAUUGAGAAUGGAAAGGACAAAGUGGGAUUUGACGUAAAAUCCAUCAGUGCCUACAAAGGCCGUGGUGUCUUUGUAACUACCUCUUUUCAAAAAGGAGACUUUCUGUUGGAAUAUAGAGGAGAACUGAUCAGUAAGGAGGAAUGUGAGAGGAGACAAAGAGUUUAUCAUGAUACACUUAAAGUGUUUCUGUUUGAAUUCUACUUUGACGGAAAGCUGUGGUGUGUUGAUGCAGCAAAAGAAGAUGGGUCACUUGGAAGACUUGUCAAUGAUGAUCAUGUCUGUCCUAAUGCCAAAAUGAAGUACCUGACUGUGCAAGGGAAGCCCCAUUUGUGCUUGUUUGCUAUUCGAGAAAUAAGCCAGGGAGAAGAGGUAACCUAUAAUUACGGUGACUCAGACUGGCCAUGGAGAUGCAAGAUAAGGACUGAAAAGAGGCAUAGUAAGGUGGCAGCAAACAACGCAAACCAAACUGAUCCAGACCUUGAGCCGCUCCAUAGAAGUGCAGAGGUCUCACCUGAGGCAAUCCAGAGUCAGAUGCCAGAAGACAACCUGAAGCAGACUGAUCCCAACCUGAUUUCUACCAACAGGAAUGCAGAGGUCUCACCUGAGGCAAUCCAGAGUCAGAUGCCGGAAGACAACCUGAAGCAGACUGAUCCCAACCUGAUUUCUACCAACAGGAAUGCAGAGGUGAUUUCUAUUUAAUAAUUAGAUGAUAUA